CCCUGCAGCUGGCUCAGAGCCGCUCAGGAGGGCCCUCUCUCCUGCCGGCGCGGUCGGCUUCUCAGGGCCGUGGCAGAUGCCACUCUGCCAUGACCUGGCGGGGAAGGGGAGCGAGCGGCCGUGGGCCGAGCGGGCGGUGGCAGCCCUGCCACCGCCACCGCUUUGCAGAGCCCUCGUCCCAGCCGUGAGGCUUGGCGUGAGUCCGGUGGAGGGAGAGUUUCCUCUACCCCGUUCCCCAGCUUAUCCCCUUCACCUUACGGCAACCUCCUGGCCGAGCUCUUGUUCCGUUCUCCGAAAGAGGGAGGUGGGAGAUUCCCGGCGAGUCAGGCUUCCGUGGGGUAACUCCAGCAGCAGGUGUGAGCUGAGCAGGCUGCGGGCAACUGAGGGUGCUGAACUGAGACGCCACCUCUCCAAAAUGAACCCCCUCAGGCCGGCUGCCAGUGUUGCACCGUGCGGGUCACAGGCCGGGUGGGAGAGGCAGCAAGCAUGAUACAUCUCGGAGGGAACUGGUGUAUUGCGCUGUCGUUUUCAGAAGCAAAGUGGAGAGAUGGGGCAGGUUGAAACUGAAGGGGCCUUGUGAUCCAGUCGGCCAGCACCCACCUUACUGCAGACUGCAGCUGGCAGCGGCUUGCUGCCAAACUGGGAGCAGAUGUGCUGAGACGCUGUGGAGGUUUGCCUGGCCUAUGGUGUGGGCAGCAUUACCAUCAGUGCCUUGAACGUACUUGUGUCACAAUAUCAGAGCAUGCUGUGCAAUGGCUUGUCUGAACGCAGGAGGGUUUCAGCUGUAGAAGUUAAUUCAGUAAAGCCCAAGUACUGCAGGCUAUGUUCAAAGAGCUCACUGUCCCAGUGCAGCGGGGUGCCUGUGCGCAGGAUGCAGGAGGUGGGGUGGUCUCGCCUGCGCAGGGUUUCAGAUGCCACAUGCUGGGUAGGAGCCACCACUUGAGAUAAACUUCAGGAGGCAUUUGAAGAGUGUGACCUAUAAGGGACAAGGAGAGGGACUGGAAUCGUUUCAGAGAAGAGGAAGGGAAGCUUUCACAUCUGUUAACAUCUGCACAUAUCUCUCAGGUCUGUCUUGGUACAAGAGCCUUUACUACCUUCCUCCCCAGGGAAGAGAAGUAAGGAAGCCUUAGCAGCAUUACUGGGGAAGGAGCUCCUCAGCAGCAGGUCUAGUGGCACAGGGACAGGUUUUGUGAGGAGCUGGCUGAGCCUUCUUCAGGGCAGAGCCAGUAGUGCGGCUCAUCUAACCUGGAUCUUCAGGUAUACUUGAUCCUCACUGAGAGGGGGUGGGGGUACAAGUUAGCUGCCCUCUUGAGGUGCCUUUUAGCCCUCAGGAUUUAAGAAAUACUUUAGUAAUUGCUCUGUGACAUUCUAAAGCCUGGCUUUGGCUGGCACCCUUCAUAUAACUUGAUCUUCUGAACAGAUCCCCAAAUGUCACAACUAAGCACUUGAAGCAAGGCUGGCUGUCCUCUUGCCUUGCCCUGCAGAGCCCAUGUUCAGCUCAGUAAACUGAACGUUGCAAAAUAAGCCUGGGAAGGAGGCAAGAGUCCCAAUCCACCUUGGCUGCUGAAAACUGGGUAAGGCCUGAAGAGUCCCAUGUAGCUUGCAGUGGCUUUGUUGUUUGUCCCGAGAGGUGCAUUCAUGGCUUGUCGCCAUAUGACCUUCUGUUUUGCCUGGAUGAGAUCGGGGAUGACAGCCUAUCUCCAGCUGCAGAGUGGUGUUGAGGUGGCUAGGAUUGCCCGUCCCUCAUCAUGUGCCUCCGGAUGGCCAGGCAGACGCCAGAGUGCUCAGGGUGGUGCCGCUGAUUCAGGUCACAACUAGCUGACCUCCUCACUGUGCUGUGCCGCAGCUGACAUGGUAGCUUGCCUAGUGAAUCAUAAGUGAAUGCCACCGAGAGCUGAGCUUUUUGCAGACAUCAUGGCAUUAGCCCCACACCUUGGCCAAGCUCCAGCUUGGGUGAUUCCACUUGGAUACUUUAAAUGCUCCUGGUCGCCUUUGCCAGGUGCAAAGCUGCACUCUUCUGCCUGCGAGUUUUUGGAGACUUGGGAGCUGUUAAACAGCUGCUGCUUUCAUUCUCUGGCUGUUUUCUUGCUGGAUGCAGGGGAUUUGUGUGUAGAUCCUGACUGUGGGACUGUGAAAGAGGCUCUGUUAAUGCCAAGCAAUUGAUCUGCCAGUAAAGGUUGGCUUUAUUUUUCCCAUCAGCCCCUCUACUAUGCUGGCUGCUGAGGGCUUUUAUGGGGCGCAGUGUAACUAGUAUUGGUUUUGGAGUGUAACAGUCAGCAGCUUAACUAGAGUGAUGGUUCAUAAGGAUAUGGCUAUAAUUAGGUCAGACUGUCUUGUUUGUUAAAUUCUCAUUCAGCUCCCAAACUUGGCAGUGGGAAUGAACUUUGGGCCUUUUUUAGGAUUGCCGUCAGUCUCCCCUGGCAAAGAGCAUUGGGAAACAGCGCCUUUGCUCUUCUCCUCGCUGCUGGAGCCUGUGGGCACGGGCGCACUGUUGUCCUCUCUCUCUCACAGAGGCUGCUGAGCUGUCAUGGGGAACACCACCAGUGAGCGAGUUUCUGGGGAGCGCCAUGGCUCCAAGUCCCACCGCUCAGAUGGCUCCGGUGCCCCACACCCCACCAAGGAGCACCCACACAAGAUCAUGGUGGGCAGUACCGACGACCCCAGUGUUUUCAGCUCCCAUGACUCCAAGAUUGCUGGGGACAAGGAGUUUGUAUCGUGGCAGCCAGAUCUGGAGGAGUCAGUGAAACCAUCCCAACAGGCUCGUCCCACUGUCAUCCGCUGGGCUGAUGGAGGCAAAGAGGUCUUCAUCUCUGGAUCUUUCAACAACUGGAGCACCAAGAUUCCACUUAUCAAGAGCCACAACGACUUUGUCGCUAUCUUGGACCUCCCAGAAGGAGAGCACCAGUACAAAUUUUUUGUGGAUGGCCAGUGGGUCCAUGACCCAUCUGAGCCUGUGGUCACCAGCCAGAUGGGGACGAUUAACAACCUGAUUCAUGUCAAGAAGUCUGACUUUGAGGUGUUCGAUGCUUUGAAGGUGGAUUCCCUGGAGAGCUCAGAAACCUCAGGUCGGGACUUAUCAAGCUCACCACCUGGACCUUAUGGCCAAGAGAUGUACGUAUACCGGCCUGAGGAGCGCUUCAAAUCCCCACCCAUCCUCCCGCCUCACCUCCUCCAGGUCAUCCUGAACAAGGACACCAAUAUCUCGUGUGACCCUGCGCUGCUGCCCGAACCCAACCACGUCAUGCUCAACCACCUCUACGCGCUCUCCAUCAAGGACGGCGUGAUGGUGCUCAGUGCCACGCACCGCUACAAGAAGAAGUAUGUCACCACGCUGCUGUACAAGCCCAUCUGAGCCGGGGCCUCGACCGCCCUCCACGCAGGACGCGAAAAGCCGCUUUGUCUGCACAUGCUGGGCCACGGGACUGUGUGAGAACUGGCCACUGGCUCCAGCCUUGAACCUGGCAGGGACACAGGCCCAGAUCACAAGCCCAGGGCCACUGGGCCCUCUGGCACUGUCCCAUCCUACUGCUGUGGUUUGAUUUAACCCUUGGAUUCUGCCCACCUACAGCUCCCCUUGGCUUCUCUGAGUCCCUGGGGCCACUUUGCUGCUCACCAGAUUAGCCUUUCCUCAUGGCCAACAUGGAAAGGGCUUCACCCUCCCCAUCUUCUCCAGGCUGCAAGGGCCCCGAGGCAGCCCUGCCACUGCCCCUGGCCCGGGCCUCCAGGAACAUGUCCUGCCUGCUGAAGGUUUCUGUGAUGUCCUGGUGAUGGGCCUCCAAGGCCACCUUGACCCCAGGGGCUCUGGGACACCCCAGCCUGUCACCUGCCCCCCUCCUUGUGCUCCCUGCAUUUUCAGAGGGCUCUCAACUCUGGCUGCAGCCCCAGCCCUCUGCCAGGUUCAGCGAGGAGCCAGCAGGAGCAAGGGCAGAGCCGGCCACAGCCACACUUGCCUGCUGCUGGGACAGCACUGUCGAGGACUGAACGCCCCAUCCCCAAUAUCGAGUGGUUCCACAGGGCAGAGCUGACGUCACAGCCCGGGGGACCCCUGCAUACACUCACGCAGAGGAGGCCUGGGGGGAGCAGAGCAGAGCGGGUACCCCCCAGCCCCAGCUACACCGCCUGCUGCCAGAGCAGUGCCAUACAACAGGGUUUUCUCUAUUUAUUACAGUAUUUAUUGUUCUCG